AUGGUUUAUUAUGGCAUCUCAAAAGGCUGUGAAACCUGUAAGAAGAGGAAGAAAAAGUGUGACGGAACCAAACCGAAUUGCAACACAUGUCGCAAAACAGGCCGACAAUGCCUUGGAUACAAAGACUAUUCGUCCCUACUCUUUCGCUACUUUGCUCCAGUAGCAUCUCAUCACUUAAUGGCAUAUCCGGACACAUCUCAUUCAGUUGCCAACAUCGUCAAGUGGGAGACUUUAGAAUCCUUUAUUAGGAAUUUUGUUGUGCCUCCGUCCGAUGAGAGAAAUUCGAGAGGAUUUCUGCAUGGUCUCCAGGAGAUUAUACGCAGUGUACCCGCAGAAUCAGACCUUGUGCGGGCGGCAUCUGCAGUUUCCAUAGCUUGCAAAGGCAACUGUGAUGGGGAUCCAGCUGCUCUAACCCAUGCCGCCGAAGAAUAUGGAGACAUAUUACGGUCCUUUCGCGGCAUACUAUUAAGGAGCACCACAGUUUGGUCUCCUCAAACAUUGAUAACCGCAGUUAUUCUCGGUUUGUAUGAGAUUGUGAAUAUCGAUCAUACGCCUGCAUCGAACCAGAACGUCCACGCCCAAGGGGCAACUACGGUUUUGAGUGAUACAAAUGCGACACGUCAUACCGUCAGGAGCCUGCAGGAGGAUGCAUGGAAAGUUGAUCAAAAGUGCUCUCAGUGGAGCAUGACUAGGUUUUCGGGCUGGAAGCCACACGAAUUCGGAUUUGUCAACGAAGAUGCUCGUGUUAUAAACUGCGAAUACUGUGUUUCUGGCCCCGUCCUCGAGUAUAGCGAUUUAUAUGUCGCAGCGGUCUGGAAUACUUAUAGAAAAGCUCAUAUCUUGGUCUUGGAUAUCAUCAACCAAUGUUCUAUACGUUUCAAUGAUAUCGCCAUAAGCGCUACCAUCCAGCAUAGAGCCGCCAAGAUUGCUGACUCGCUAACUACAUCCGUUCCGUUCCAUCUCUCGCACAAUCUUGAACAGUACAUAAAAGCUACCAAGACAGGGUCAGAGGCCUCAGUCGGCCGAUCUGUCGGAGGGUUGUUACUGAUUCACCCGCUGUACGCAGCUGCUACCUGCGCUGUCAUCCCUUUCGAGACUCGCAUGUACUUUAAGCGGUGUUUGGCUUGGAUUGGUCAGAAAAUGGGAAUUGGGUUGGCGACUCGAAUGUCAGAACGCAGCAAUCCGGCCUUUGAGCAGCCAGGUAUUCAGUCUACAAUUACGUGGCAGGGAGACUCUGGUGUUACCUUUCAGCGUAAUGUGGACACUGAACGUUUGAUGUGGGCGGGGAUGUUGCUUCGGCCAGCUUGGGAAAAUACAGCGUAG